AUGGCUAAUUUCGAAGCUAGAUCCAUUAAAGUACAUGAUGGAAUCACCCGCACUUCAAGGAGAAUGGCAAGAUGGCAGAUCUUACUGUCUGAAUAUGACAUUGUGUAUGUGAGCCAAAAGUCAAUAAAAGGAAGCGCGAUAGCUGACUUCUUGGCAAGUCGAGCAAUGGAAGAAUAUGAGCUGUUAAGAUUUUAUUUCCUAGAUGAAGACUUUAUGUGUAUUUUCGAAGGUGAAUCAUCAAAAGAUCGAUCAUGGAAGAUGAGUUUUGAUGGGGCAUCGAAUGCAUCAGGGCACGGGAUAGAAGCAGUCUUAGUGUCACCGGAAAGGAACCGUUACCCGCUCACUACUAGAUUGAAUUUCUUCUGUACCAAUAACAUAGUGGAAUAUGAAGCUUGCAUCAUGGGACUUCGUACAGCUAUUGAGAGGAAAAUCAAAAUAUUAGAGGUACACGGGGACUCAGCAUUAGUGAUUUACCAAAUCAGUGGAGAUUGGGAAGUGAGGGAUUUGAAAUUAGUCAAAUAUCACGAUCUCGUUGCAAAAUUGGUCAAAGAAUUCAAGGAAGUGACUUUUAACUACUUUCCACGAGAAAAGAACCAAUUGGCUGAUGCUCUGGCCACCCUGGCUUCAAUGUUCAAAGCAAACAAAGAAACUGAAAUAAUGCCUAUUCAAAUGAGCAUAUAUGAGACCCCCGCACACUAA